AUGAUUGAGAGCGAGAGACUAAACUACAUACGUUUUCAACAAAAAAAUCUAAGAUCUGAUACCUAUGAAAGUCUCCGGAAAUUGAGAAAUAAUGGUCAGCAAGAUAUAUCUAAUGUUGGUACACCUCUUAUAUUGCCUUCUUCAUUUACCGGUGGAGCUAGAUAUAUGAUGCAAAACUAUUUAGAUGCAAUGGCUUUAUGUAAAUGGUUCGGUUAUCCUGAUUUUUUUAUGACCAUUACAUGCAAUCCCAAGUGGCCAGAGGUAAAACGGUUUCUUAAAGACACCACUCUGAAUCCAGAAGAUAGGCCUGAUAUCCUAUCAAGGUUAUUUAAAGUCAAGCUGGAUGCAAUUUGUAAAGAUUUAAAGGAAUGUCAUAUGUUGGGAAAAGCAGCAGCAAUUAUUUAUACAAUUGAGUUUCAAAAACGUGGCUUGCCUCAUGCGCAUUUGUGCUUAUUCAUGGAACCAGAAGCUAAACUUCCCACUGUUGACCAAGUUGAUCCGUUCAUAUGUGCAGAAAUUCCAAAUAGAGAUGAUGACCCAGAGUUGUAUACGCUUGUGAAGGAUUUUAUGAUUCAUGGACCGUGUGGUAAUGCUAAUAUGAACUGCCCAUGUAUGGUUGAUAAACAGUGUUCAAAAGGUUUUCCUAAAAGAUUUCAAGAUACUACGACAAUUGACGCCAAUGGUUUCCCAUUAUACAGAAGGAGAGAUGAUGGAGCAACAGUUGUCAAAAACCGGAUCGAGUUAGAUAAUAGAAGUGUUGUACCAUACAACAAAAAGAUAUUGAAAAAGUAUCAGGCACAUAUAAACGUGGAGUGGUGCAACCAAGCUGGGUCAAUUAAAUAUUUGUUUAAGUAUAUCAACAAAGGUCCUGAUAGAGCAACAGUUGCUGUUUUGCAUAGUGAUAAUCAUAAUGAACAACAUGAAAAAGAUGAGAUUAAAGAGUAUUAUGACUGUCGGCAUAUCUCAGCAUGCGAGGCAUCAUGGAGGAUAUUUAGUUACGAUGUAAAUUACAGAUAUCCUUCUGUUACCAGACUUCCAUUCCAUCUUCCAGGUCUCCAACCGGUUGUCUUUGGAGGAGACGAAGACAUCAAUUCUGUUCUUAACAGGCCAUCUGUCAAGUGUUCUAUGUUUAUGUCUUGGAUGGAAAGGAACAAAGACCAUGAUGACCAUUUGGCGCGUACACUAACUUAUGUUCAGUUUCCAACUUGGUAUGUAUGGAAGAUUGAAAACCGUUGUUGGCAACCUCGGAAGAAAGGUAACUCAAUUGGCAGAAUUCAUAAUGUUGCUCCCUCUCUUGGAGAAGCUUAUUUUUUAAGAAUCUUGCUCAAUAAAGUAAAAGGACCUAAGUCAUAUGACGAUAUCAAAACUGUUAAUGGUCAUGUACAUGGUACAUUUCGAGAUGCGUGUUUCGCACUUGGUCUUUUAGAUGAUGACAAAGAGUACAUCGAAGCAAUUAAAGAAGCAAAUGAAACAGCAAGAGCUUCGUACGUACGAAAUUUAUUUGGCAUGAUGCUAUUGUCGAAUACUAUGUCAAGACCGGAGAUCGUAUGGGAAAGCACGUGGAAAUACAUGACAGAUGAUUUCAUCUACAGAUAUAGUAAACUACAUCGUGUUCAAGGUUUAUCAAUUCCAGACGACGAACUUAAAAAUUACGCUUUGUUGGAAAUUGAAAAGUUUUUAGGUAUGAAUAGCUCAUCGCUACGGAACUUCUCAACAAUGCCUUUUCCAGAUUCUUCUUCGUUAUCUGAUCUCGAUAAUCGUCUGAUUAACGAGGAGCGUACUUACGACGUAUUAAGUCUCGCAGAGGAAUAUGUUAAUCUGUUUAAUAUGUUAACUGAAGAACAAAGGUCGGUGUUUGAAGAGAUAAUGAAAUCUGUUGAUGGUAACACUGGAGGGAUGUUUUUUGUUUACGGAUAUGGUAGCACCGGGAAAACCUUUUUAUGGAAGACGUUGUCUGCUGCACUUCGAUCAAAAAGAGAAAUUGUAUUAAAUGUUGCUUCGAGUGGAAUUGCAUCGCUGUUAUUGACAGGCGGCAGGACUGCACACUCCAGAUUUCGUAUUCCUUUGAAUCUUAAUGAGGAUUCGGUAUGUCAUAUAAAAGCAGAUAGUGAUGUCGCUAAAUUGUUGCAUCAGACCAAACUUAUUAUAUGGGAUGAAGCACCUAUGGUCCAUAAACAUGCGUUUGAAGCCUUGGACCGCACGAUGAAUGACAUUUUCAAUUUCGACACCUCAAGAAAUUCUGAAAUCUCAUUUGGUGGUAAGGUUAUUGUUUUUGGUGGAUAUUUUAGACAAGUACUUCCCGUUGUUCGAAAUGGUGGUAGACAAGAGACGGUGAACGCAUCAUUAAGUUCGUCUUAUUUAUGGAGUAAAUGUAAGGUGCUAACGUUAUCAAGGAAUAUGAGGUUAACCGUUGGAAGAUCUCCAUCCGAGAUUGAGGAAAUAAAUAGUUUUGCUAAGUGGCUUUUGGAUAUAGGAGAGGGAAAUGUUGGUGGUCCUAAUGACGUAGAAGCGACAAUUGAAGUGCCAUCUAAUCUUAUAAUUAAUAAUACUUCUGAUCCCAUUUCCAGCCUGAUCGAAUUUGUUUAUCCUUCGAUUCUCGAGAACUUUAGAAGUCCUAAUUAUUUUAGUGAUAGGGCUAUACUUGCGCCGAAGAAUGAGGUUGUUAACGAGAUUAACGAUAGGCUGUUAGCGUUGUUUCCCGGUGAAGAAAGAGAGUAUCUAAGCUCUGACCGUCUUUGUGCAACUGAAAAUGUUAUUUCAAUACAAGAAAGAUUAUACACACCGGAUGUUCUCAAUGGUCUUAAAGUUUCAGGCUUACCAAAUCACAGGUUAGUGCUAAAAGUUGGUGUGCCAGUUAUGUUGUUACGUAACAUUGACCAAAAAAAUGGUUUGUGCAAUGGUACAAGGUUGAAGGUUACAAAGUUGUAUAACCGUGUAAUAGAGGCUGAAAUAAUAUCUGGAGCUAACAUUGGUACUCGAACCUAUAUUCCCAGAAUUAGUUUAGUACCUUCAGACAAGAAGAUUCUCUUUUCAUUUCAAAGAAGGCAAUUUCCGGUUGUUGUUUGCUUUGCUAUGACUAUCAAUAAAAGCCAAGGCCAAUCACUUUAUAGAGUUGGUCUGUACCUAAGACAACCGGUUUUCACGCACGGUCAGCUGUAUGUCGCGUUAUCGAGAGUUAAAACAAGAGACGGUGUUAAAUUGCUAAUACUGGACAAAGAUGGGAAGCCUACAAAUAAAACAACUAAUGUUGUGUAUAAAGAAGUAUUCAAUGACUUAUGA